ACAAAAAUAAUUGAUGACGUUGAACGAUUUUGUUAUGAAGUAUAUAGUAUUAGUUUAGAUUUAUUGUAAUUUCUCAAGUGUGUUUUAAGUGCAGUUUGCGCCUGAAUGAAACGAGAUUUUUUUUAGGCAACUAUACUAUAACUCUUAGUGGAUCCUUUCGCAAAAACAGAACGCGAGUUUCAUCUCCAUAUUUUUUGUGAAAAUAUGGAGAAUGAGAAGGAUACAAAUAACAUUGGAAAUGAUACACAAUAUGCAAAAAUUUGUGAACAGAAAACAUGUUUCAAUACAGAUAAAAAGUUAUCAGAAUUACAUCCAAAUUUGAGUAAACAUCAGCUGAAGAAAGUAAAAAAAAGGGAAAAAUGGUUGACACGAAAGGUUGAACGAAGAUUACGUGAGCGAGAAAAAACAAGACAGAAACGAGCAUUCGCUCGUGCAAAUAAUAUAGAUCUUGGACCAUCCAGGAAAGCUUUAAAGAAAAGUACAAUGGCAGAUAGCAGUUGUAAAAUUGGGAUAACAGUCGAUUUGUCUUUCGAUGAUUUAAUGAUUGAUAAGGAUAUUGCAAAGUUAACUAAACAAAUACUAAGGUGUUAUACUUUGAAUAGACGAGCUAUUGCACCAAUGCAAUUUUCUCUUACUAGUUUUAAUGGGAAGUCAAAAGCUGAUAUGCAAAAGCACAAUGGAUACGAACAUUGGGAUGUAAAAUUUCAUGCAGAACCUUAUUUGGAUGUUUAUCCAAAGGAAAAAAUUAUAUAUCUUACUAGUGAAUCAGAAAAUAUUAUUACUCAGUUAGAAUGUGAUUAUGUGUACGUUAUAGGUGGUCUUGUUGAUCAUAAUAGUCAUAAGGGUCUCUGUCAUAAAUUAGCUAUACAAGCUGGUAUAACACAUGGCAGAUUACCUCUAGAUAAAUUCUUAAGUAUGAAAGCAAGGAAAGUUUUGACUGUUGAUCAUGUGUUUGAAAUUUUACUUAGAGUCAGUGAAGGAAAAACAUGGCAGGAAGCAUUUCUACAAGUUUUGCCAGAAAGAAAAAAUGCACAAUUAAUUGUACCAUUAGAAAACAAUAAAGAUACAUUACAUAUUUAUAAUGACAAGGAAGACAUUUUUCAGCAAAAUAAUGAAAUAGAAUCAAAUGUUAAAAUUAAUGAAUUUGAAAACAUGAAUAAUGUGUGUACAUAACAAAAAUAUGUUGUAAAUAAAAAAGUAAAUGUAAUAUUGUAGUAUAUGUACUCUGUUUUAUUUUUUUAUCAAUUAUUUUAUUAUCGUAGUAUAUUUUAUAAAAGAUACAUAUAUAUACACGAUGUACACAUAUGUAAAUUAUUAUAAAUAAAAAAUACAUAAAUUCAAAUGUAUUAAUAAAAAGAGACAAAUUUUGUUUCUAAGAAAUUAAACAUUAAGUACAUUAAGUGUAGAUGUGGGAUACAAUCUAGAAAUAGAGUAACACAAAUUACAAAGCAUUAAUGCACAUGAUCUAAAUAAAUUAAAGAUAUCUGCUUUUGUUUAAGGUAAUUUAACAGAUUCACUUUAAAUAUGAUUCUCUAAUGCAAAAUUAAGAUGUGGAGGUAAAACAAAAAUUGUUACACUUUAAAAAAUAUGAA